AUGAAGAGAGAAUCAAGCGCAACAGUCAAUGAAUCUCCAAGGCCUUACGUUCAGGCUUCCCCACCAAGGCCACAUCAAGUCAUUGUGAUUGACUGUCGUGGUCUGGAAUUUAUUGAGUUCAAGGCCGAGGGUGAAUGGACUGCGAAAGGAUUCGAAUCGGUUACCAAAUUCGCUGGUAUUGAUUUGCAAGAGGGUGAAUGGUACGACUAUGAUGAGAAAACCUCCGAAGAGGUCAGCAUUAAAGACAUCAAGUGGGCUAUCAAACGAGCAUAG